AUGCUUUCCAAGCUCGUCUCCGGCCUCGCGGCCCUUUCCCUCGCCUCGCUCGCCCUGUCGCGCCCCAAUUCUGGCUAUGCCAUAGAAGGGCGCUCCCUGGAAGAGCGCUCCCUGGAAGAGCGCGCCGCUGUCAGCAGCACCAUCUGGUGCGGCCCGGUCCUCGCCGCCGCCGCGCGCCAGGUGUCCGCCGAAUGGACCAUUCCGCGGGUGACCCUGCCGAGCCCGAACGUCGGCCAGACGGCCCCCAUGUUCUACCAAUGGGUCGGCAUGGAUGGCGUGCGUGCCUCGAGCUGCGGUUCCGCUCUGCUCCAAGCCGGCACCUCCCAGGUGUGGAACGGUAGAGCCUUCGUAUACGACGUCUGGCUGGAGUUUUACACCCCGGCUAACACGUCCUCGUGGCACUUCACCUACCCAGUUGUCCGUCCUGGUGACAAUGUCCGCACGACCGUGACGGCCGGGUCCGAUUCCCUUAGCGGAACUGUUCUCAUUGAGAACCUGACCAACCGGCAGUCGAACACUUGGAACCUGAGGGCCACUGGCAACUACCCUCUCUGCUUCCAAAACGUCGAGUGGAUCAACGAGGCUCCUACCGGCAAGCUGCCCGGCUUCCCCAACUUCAGCUUCAACUCGCUCUCUUACACGGACUGGAACGGAAGAGUGUCCACGGCUACUGGCGCUAACCUCUGGUACAUCAACACAUCCAGCGCGCAGUGCUCUGCCACCCUGUCGAGCGAUGGCAGGACCGCUUCCUUCACCAACGCGGCUCCCCGAUAG